AUGACGUCUCACCUACUUCGAAACACUCGAUUAUACACGCGCCAACUGAAUGAGCAGGAGAUGGACAUACUCGCAGCUUGGCUUGAAACACUCGAUCCGGUCAACCCGGGCGAGGAAGCAGCUGAAGUCACUGUCGUGCUACACCACUCCCUAAGACAAAAUAAUAAAGUCAAUGCAGCAUCUGCAAGAAAUAAAACCCCGCCAGAGAGUUUCUCUGUUUAUUCUCAUCCUCGUCACUCGGAAGCCCGCAUAGGAUCACGAAGAACUGCAAUUGACAAUAACUCUGGGAUCCAUCCACACAGUACGAGAUCCGAAGGCAACAUUUCUCCCGACUGGAAGCAGAACUCUCGACAAAUGAAAAGCUUCAGGCCUCCUCCAAUAUUCAUACCCGGCAUGCCAAAUUUACCAGAAAUCCAAAAACAUGACAAGGUAAAUAGUAUUGACAAGCGAAUCUCGCCCGAGAUUAUUCGAAUGCCGGCUCCUGAUGUCAAUCCCGUCACGGCUAUCCGCUCUCGCUGUCCUCCGACAAUAUUAUCGAAUGAUAUUACAAAGACCGGCGGGAAGGGUAUCUCGAUCAGCUCUAACCCUCCACCACGGCAAUCCGAAAAGCUAGAAUCUAGAGUGGCAAAUUGGGUACGAAAUACUUCUUCGAAUUCGUCUUAUCUCGGCCAUGAAUCACAAAAGAGCUCCUCGAAAGGGACUUCCGUACUACCAGUCAGACCCCAUGAUUCUGUGAACGAUCCAGCAAUUCUCGCAUUAAUGACGGCAGUAGUAGAAGAAAAGAAGGUUGAAGAGGCCAGAACAUCUCCACGUCUGAUUGGAAGUUCGGAAUGCCUCACUUAUGCACGUUCAAAUCCGAGUACGAGCUAUCGGGAUCGAAAUUUACCCUCUAAUGGUCGACCCAGAGGGUAUCCCUAUCUCAAAAGCGAUCUGCAUAGGGCCACUGGUAGACUUGGAAUCUAUCAACCUGAUAUACUAUUUUCAUAUUCUCAAACUUGA